AUGCCUCCAAAGAAGAGCGCAUCGAAGGCGUCGGCGAAGCCUACAGCUGCGUCGAAGAACACUUCCUCUUCCAAGACCACCGCACCCAAGGCGCGCGCCGCGAAAACGAGCGCAGCUAGCAAGCCGUCUGUCGCGGAGUCGAAAAAGAGAGCUCCCCGCGCCGCGGCUACGGAAUCUCGGAAGCGCAAGGCGGAAAGCGUCGAGAAGGAAGAGAAAGAAGCUCCGGCUCCUCGUGAACCCAAGAAGGCCCGUGUCGCGAAGCCCCGUCCCGUUGCUGCGCCCAAACCCAAGGUCGUCAUCAACACCGCGCCGACUACGCGAUUGAACGUCUAUGUCUGCGGUGAAGGUAGCUCGGGAGAGCUUGGUCUCGGAGCUGAGAAGAAUGCUGUUGAUGUGAAGCGACCGCGCCUCAACCCUCAUCUGCCGGCCGAUCGCGUCGGUGUCGUCCAGGUCGCAGUUGGUGGCAUGCACUGCGUUGCUCUCACUCACGAUAACAAGAUCCUCACAUGGGGUGUGAAUGAUCAAGGCGCGCUGGGAAGAGACACGAACUGGGAUGGUGGCUACAAGGACAUUGAUGACAACAAAAGCGAUUCAGACUCGGAUGACGAUGACCCUGCUCUCAAUCCUCGCGAGUCGACCCCUACCGCAAUCCCGUCUGAAGCCUUCCCUGAGAACACUGUUUUCGUCCAGGUGGCCGCUGGAGACAGUUCUAGCUUUGCUCUUACAGAUGAUGGACUGGUUUAUGGCUGGGGAACUUUCAGAAGCAAUGACGGUAUUCUCGGUUUCGACGCUACUCACAAGGUCCAAUCAACUCCGAUCCUCAUCCCGUCCCUCAAGAAGAUCAAAUACUUGACCUGCGGCGAUAACCAUGUUCUUGCUUUGAACGACAAGGGGGCUGUCUUCUCCUGGGGAUCCGGUCAGCAGAACCAGCUGGGCCGUCGUAUCAUUGAGCGUAACAGGCUCAACGGCCUCCAGCCCCGCGAAUUCGGUCUGCCUAAGAACAUUGCGCAUAUUGGAUCUGGUGCUUUCCAUUCUUUUGCUGUGCACCAAUCAGGAAAGGUGUAUGCAUGGGGUCUGAACAGCUUUGGAGAGACCGGUAUUAGCUCCAACGCAGGUGAUGACGAGGCGGCCAUCCUUCACCCUGUCGUUGUGGACUCUUUGUCUGGAAAGGAGAUCACUCAGAUCUGUGGCGGUGCUCAUCAUUCCCUGGCUGCCACCAAGGAUGGAAAGUGUCUGGUCUGGGGUCGGUUGGAUGGCUACCAGACCGGUCUGAAGAUCGAUUCCCUUCCUGACAAUGCGGUUAUCAAAGACGAACGGGGUCGGCCUCGUAUCUUGAUUGAACCAACCGCCGUCCCGGGAAUUAAGGCUACUCAUGUAGCAGCAGGCUCUGAUCAUUCCCUUGCGAUCGAUGCCGAGGGCCGGCCCUGGUCUUGGGGUUUCUCCGCCACCUACCAGACGGGUCAAGGCACUUCAGAUGACAUCGAGGUGGCUACCAUCGUCGAGAACACUGCAGUUCGGGGCAAGAAGCUGAACUGGGCCGGCGCUGGUGGACAGUUCUCGGUUUUCACGGAGCCCGCCAACCUCUGA